UUAAAAGAAUUGAAUUCCAGCCAAAACGUGUCUUUUCCUUGCUGGACUUUGUCAACAACCACAUCUGAAAAUUACUGCUGCUCUCCGACUCUUAUCUUGCGCUUUUUGAACUCUCUCAACUUGCGCAGCGCAUCAUUCGUUCUCUUUCGAUCUGUACUUUUUCUGAGUUUGCUGGGCCUUGGGAGUGAAUAUUUCAAGCAUUUUUUGACAUCUGGCAUAUAUUAUCUGGGCCCGGUAGUACCAUAAAGUUAUGACCUGUUUUCCAAGAUUGAGUAGGAGGCUGGGUUUUUCCACAGAAAGAUCCUAUGAAGUUGAUGACGAAGUUGCAGGAAUCCACAAUGUCAAAACUUAUAGUUACAAAGAACUAAGCAUUGCCACUAAUGAUUUUACUUUUGCCAAUAAAAUUGGAGAGGGUGGUUUUGGUUCUGUUUAUAAGGGACGGCUUAAAAAUGGAAAGAUCGCUGCCAUAAAAGUUCUUUCUGCUGAAUCAAGACAAGGUGUUGGGGAAUUCUUGACAGAGAUUAAUGUGAUAUCUGAAAUAGAGCAUGAAAAUUUGGUUAAGCUCUAUGGCUGCUGUGUGGAAGGCAAUCAUAGGAUUCUGGUUUACAACUAUCUUGAAAAUAAUAGCCUCGCACAAACUCUUCUUGGUGGGGGUCAUAGUAGUCUUCACUUUAGUUGGCGGGCAAGAUCCAGAAUAGCCAUUGGUGUUGCACGUGGGUUAGCUUUCCUUCAUGAGGAAGUACGACCUCACAUUGUUCACAGGGAUAUCAAAGCUAGCAAUAUUCUCCUAGACAAAGAUCUAAACCCUAAAAUCUCAGAUUUUGGUCUUGCAAAGCUUAUCCCGUCUCACAUGACUCAUGUCAGCACCCGUGUGGCUGGAACCAUAGGUUAUCUGGCACCAGAGUAUGCAAUACGAGGGCAGUUAACACGAAAAGCAGAUAUAUAUAGUUUUGGUGUUCUUCUGGUGGAAAUAGUCAGUGGGAGAUGCAACACAAACACACGGCUGCCAAUUGAAGAGCAGUAUAUCUUAGAACGGACAUGGGAGCUAUAUGAGCGGAGGGAGCUGGUUGCUCUGGUAGACACAUCAUUAAACGGGGAUUUCGAUGCAGAACAAGCUUGUAGAUUCCUAAAGAUUGGCCUUCUCUGCACUCAAGACACUCCAAAACUCCGGCCAUCCAUGUCAAUUGUGGUCCAGAUGUUAACGGGUCAGAUAUCCGUUGACAAUCGUAAGAUAAUGAAACCGGGCUUAAUUUCCGAUUUCAUGGACCUCAAGGUACGGGGCUCUCCAAAAACUAAGCCACACUCUAAGAUUUCAUCUUACACUGCAUCUUCUAGCUCGGACACCAUUGAUAAUUCAACCUUCUCAUCGGAGACCACAACUUAUGCGACAACUUUCACUACCACAUAUGAUAAGAGCGCCGACGUAUCAAUGUGAAAUUCUGUAUACCAAUUUAAUUGAUUUGAGAUUUUAUUCUUCUCAAUUUGAAGGCCUUUUCUUUUUGUAUAUUUGACUAGUAGCUUUCUCAUGCUCGCUUCAUACGUACAAAGGAAGUUUAUUGUGUGUUUGAUAUGGUUAGUAGUUAAAAAGGCGAAAGAUAUGUUUAGUAGUUAAAGAUGUGGCUUCUGUGAAUAUUUCUAGCCACACGGGUGACUUUAUUGCGAUAUUUGUUCUAUAUAAAGAACUGGUAAUUGAUGUCACUUCUAUUUUUAUUGUGGUUGUUUGAUAGAA